CUAAAGAAGAAGCUAAAGCAAAAUAAUGAUUUUCUGCAAGACUAUGUUGCAUUUAUGAAAGAUCUCAUAAAGAAAGGCUAUGCAGAAGAGGCACCAUGCCAGGGUCUAAACUUCAAUGAUGGAAGAGUAUGGUAUAUACCACAUCAUGGUGUGUAUCAUCCAAAGAAACCUGACAAAAUUAGAGUAGUUUUCGAUUGCAGUGCUAUGUAUAAGAGUGAAUCACUUAAUAAGAAUCUCUUACAAGGUCCGGAUCUGACAAAUAACUUAAUUGGGGUAUUGUGCAGAUUUAGAAAGGAGCAUGUAGCAAUUGCAUGUGAUAUAGAAGCAAUGUUCCACCAAGUAAAGGUAAAGCCUGAUCACAGAGACCUACUCCGCUUUCUGUGGUGGGAAAAUUGAGAUCCUGAUUCAACAAUCAAUGAAUAUAGAAUGACAGUGCAUUUAUUUGGGGCUACAUCUUCUCCAAGUGUAGCAAGUUUUGCACUGAAAGCUGCUGCUGAUGAUUACGCAGGGCAAUGUGGAACAGAGGCUGCUUCCUUUGUUAAAAAUGAAUUUUAUGUAGAUGAUGGUUUAACAUCUUUACCUACAACUGUAGAAGCCAUAUCUUUAAUCAGGAAUAGUAAAGCAUUAUGCUCGAAGGGUGGCUUCAAAUUGCACAAGUUCUUGUCAAAUAAGAAAGAAGUUCUAGAAGCAAUAAGCUUAGAGGAAAAGGCUAUAAGUUUAAAGAAUUUAGACCUCUCUAGUGAAGCCUUACCAAUAGAGAGAACUUUAGGAGUAGAAUGGUGCAUUGAAUCAGACACAUUCCAGUUCAGAAUUAGUAUUAAUGAUAAACCAAUAACUAGAAGAGGUAUAUUGUCAACAGUGAGUUCUGUUUUUGAUCCUAUGGGUAUGGUCUCACCCUUUAUAUUGAUUGGUAAAAGAAUACUUCAAACCUUGUGUCAAGAUGGAGUAGACUGGGAUGAUGACAUAUCAGAUGACUUGAAACAACAAUGGAGAAGAUGGAGAGAUGAUUUGAUUCAGUUGAAAGAGUUAAAGAUUCCUAGAUGCUACAAGCCUGACGAAUUUAGAAAGGUCAAAUCAAUUGAACUGCAUCAUUUCUCUGAUGCUAGCCAGAAUGGUUAUGGACAGUGCUCUUAUUUAAGGCAAGUAAGUGAGCAGGGACAAGUUCAUUGUGCACUUGUCAUGUCAAAGUCUAGAGUGACACCAUUGAAGCCUAUAACUGUUCCUAGGUUAGAACUAACAGCUGCAGUUGUAGCCGUUCGAAUGAGUUCUAUGUUAAAGAGAGAGUUAGGUUACCAGGAACUUAAGGAAUUCUUUUGGACUGAUAGCAAAGUCGUACUUGGCUACAUUUCAAACGAAGCAAAGAGAUUCCAUGUGUUUGUUGCUAACCGAGUGCAGCAUAUUAAAGACCACUCCUCUGUGGAACAAUGGAAAUUUAUUGAGUCAGCUCAAAAUCCUGCUGACGCUGCUUCACGUGGAUUGUAUGUAAAGCAACUGAUUGAACAUUCUCUAUGGUGGAAUGGACCAAACUUCCUCUGGGAAUCUGACUAUAAUGCUAAUCCAUCAUUGGUAAAUGUAAACGUACAAGAGAAUGAUCCAGAGGUCAAGAAAAUGUCGUCAUAUAAGACCCAAACCAAAGAGAGCACUUCAAUUCUUCCAAGACUUGAAUAUUUUUCUGAUUGGCACAGGGCAAAGAAGGCUGUUGCAUUAUGUUUACGCCUUCAAUGUAGAUUCAAGAACCCUGGGAGAGCAACAGUCAACAAAGAACUGACUGAAAACAAAGAAUCCAAAUACACGUCCCCUAGUGUAACAGAACUUGUGGAAGCUGAAAAUGAAAUCAUAAGGCUAGUCCAAAUUGAAGCUUUCCAAAAGGUGAAACAAGAUUUACAAUGUGGAAACAACGACAAUGAAGAUGCCAGUAAAAGAAGCAAAACCUUAAAGAAAGCAAGUUACAUUUACUCACUUGAUCCCUUCAGAGAUAAAAAUAACAUCUUAAGGGUAGGUGGCAGAAUGAGACAUGCAGAAUUUGCUGCAAUCAAUAAACAUUCAGUAAUUCUGCCAAAGGACUCACAUAUAACAGAAAUGAUAGUGUGUCAUUACCACCGGAAAGUUCAUCACCAAGGAAGAGGAAUAACAUUGAAUGAGUUAAGGGCAUCUGGUUAUUGGAUCAUUGGAGGUUCAUCAGUGGUAGGUAGACAUAUUUCAAGAUGUGUCAUAUGUAAAAGAUUGAGAGGCACAUUUCAAGAACAGAAAAUGUCUGAUUUGCCACCAGAAAGACUUGAACCUGCACCCCCAUUUACCUACUGUGGGAUAGAUUACUUUGGACCAUUCUUUGUUAAAGAAGGUCGCAAGGAGGUCAAGAGAUACGGUGUUUUGUUUACUUGUAUGGCUUCAAGAGCAAUCCAUCUAGAAACAGCAAAUACACUGGAGACUGAUUCAUUCCUCAGUGCAUAUAAACGUUUCAUAGGAAGACGUGGCCCAGUUCGUCAACUCAGAUCAGAUCAGGGCACAAAUUUUGUUGGAGCUAAAAAUGAACUUCAGCAAUGCUUGCAAGAAAUGGAUCAAGAGAAACUAAAAGGGGAGCUUUUAAAAGAGAACUGUGACUGGAUUACAUUUGAAAUGAAUAUUCCUCACGCCAGUCAUAUGGGUGGAGUAUGGGAAAGACAGAUCCGUACUGUGAGGAAUAUACUAACAGCUUUAUUAUAUCAUCAUGGAAGACAAUUAGAUGAUGAGUCACUCAGAACCUUUAUGGUUGAAGCAGAGACCAUCGUGAAUAGCCGACCCCUGACAGUUGACAACAUCAGUUCUCCAUAUUCAUUAGAACCAUUGACACCAAAUCACUUGUUAACAAUGAAAACAAAGGUUGUGCUCCCGCCACCUGGAACGUUCCAAUCUUCUGACCAGUAUUCAAGAAAGAGAUGGCGAAGAGUUCAAUAUCUUGCUAAUGAAUUUUGGAAUAGGUGGAGAAAAGAAUAUGCUCAAUCGCUUCAGUGCAGGAACAAGUGGCCUUCAGUUAUGAAAAAUGUUAAGGUAAAUGAUAUUGUCAUUGUAAAGGAACAAAAUUUACCAAGGAAUUCUUGGAAACUUGGUUGUGUAUCUGAUGUUAUGCCAAGCAAAGAUGGUCUUGUAAGAAAGGCAAGGAUAACAAUGGCUGAUUCCUCGCUUGACGCAUUUGGAAGACGAACGAAAGCAGCCGUUAACCUUGAAAGACCAAUCCACAAACUCAUAUUGUUAGUUGAAUCAUAGUGGAAGUGGGGUGUCCCCGCCAAAGAGCCUAUUUAAAUAUCAAAAUUGUUCCAACAAUUUAUAGUUCCUCAGUAGUAUAGAUAUUAAUUCCACAUUUUGCUCAUUUAGAGUUUAAGGUAAAUUGUUUAUACAAUUUAGGGGAGCCAUGUUACUGCAGGGACAAAAUGUGUACUUAGUUAAAACAAUCAGUUCCUAUGCUUUGUGAUAUUACUAACAUAAGAUAAGUAUGAAAUAGAUAAGUAUACCCUCAUAUCGUUUUCUAAAGUGUACGACAUCUAUAGGGAAUUUGCAUAACUAAUCUGGGAAAACAUUGGGAGCCAUUUUGUUACUCAGAGAAGCCAAGUGAGGUGUCUGAGUUUAACGGAAACAAUUGGGAAGUAAUUGGGAUAAAAUGGAUGGUAAUGAAUUGCAUGUAAAGAGAAGAAAUCAAGAUGUAUCCAAGAUGCAAUAAAGUGCCAUAAAAAUCA